AUGGGACCUCACAGUUGGGUUGCAACCUCGUCUUCAUCUUCAUACUCACUCGACGAAAAUACCAUCAGAGAUGGUGAGUACGGUAUGCCGAGCUACUGUUACUGCGGUGGAAGGGUCAUUAGGGAAACGUCUCGCACCGAACAAGACCCUGGAAAAUAUACUUCUCCUGCGAAUUCCGAGCGUCUUCAAACUCACCACCGUGCCGGAAUGGAGGAGUUAAUCUCGGAGCUGAAGGACGGCGAGCUAACAUUCAUCAUCAUGGACAUGCGUAUUGCGGAGAAACGUAUUGCCGACCUGAAGGAAGAACAUGAACAGAGCAAAGCGGAGAUUACAAGGUUGGAGUUGGUGAUUGGUGAUUUCAACAAGAAGUACAAAGCUGUGGAGAGCACGUUUGCGAUUGCUGCAGUUUUACUUCUUCUUGCUUGGUUCUUAGUUUGGUUUAAGUAA